AUGUAUAGAUUUGUGUUACAGAAAUCUGUCACAGUGAGAGGUCUUAGGUGGGGUAGUCACAUUUCACAUGUUACAUCAGACCGGGUCUGGAUCAGUGAUGGCUAUGGCAAUCUUAUACUGACAAACACAAGAGGGGAAGAACUACAUCAUCUGACAGAUAUAGGUAGUGCUGUAGGAGGACACACAGUGAAUUCUAACGGUGAUCUAAUUUAUAUACACAGUAGUUAUAACAUCAUAAAACUAUCAACAGGGAACAAAGUAAAGACUACGAUAAUACAGAACAUAAAAUCGCCAUGGAGACCAGAGAGUGUCUACAGCUCCCCCUCCAAUGGAGACCUGCUGGUCGUGAUGUUUAAUUAUGAUACAGAGACAGGCAAGGUAGUGCGGUAUAACUCCACAGGAGAAGACAUCCAGACCAUACGGCACAACGACAACACAGACCAGGGACUGUAUAGACUACCUAGCUACAUUACAGAGAACCGCAAUGGAGAUGUUAUUGUGUCUGACUGGGGCCGUGGUGUAGUGGUGACAGAUCGUGAUGGUAAUUAUCGAUUCUCCUACACAGGUCCUCCAUCAGGAUCAGGAAUAAUACCACAUGGAAUCUGUACUGACGCGCUGUCACACAUCCUGGUGUGUGAUGAAUACACCGGCUCAGUACAGAUGUUAGAUAGUGAGGGUCACUAUCUGACACAGAUACACACACGACAACACAGGAUAGACAUACUUUACGGCCUGAGUUAUGAUGAUGACACACGCCUACUGUGGGUAGGGUCACCAAACAACAACACAGUCAACAUAUACAGAGUGGUACAUGGAGACUCCCUGACUGGUCUCCCUCUGGAGGAUUUCAAAUGCUGGAAACAUCCAAGUCGUCCGUUAUCCCAGUUCUGUAUCCCGUGUGACGUCACCUUUUGUCAGAUGUGCAUCAGGACCUCUGAUGAUCAUAAGAGACAUGAUGUUCAAGAUGUAGAGAAAGUAUUCAGAGAAAUUCACAAGAGAAAAGAUGGAGACGCAUUUUUGAUGUGCCUUCUGCUCUGCCCUUCAUACAAAAUAAAUCUGGAAGCCGACGACUGGAUACAUAAGUAUAAUGCUGUUGCCAAAGUUUUCAAAUUUAAGAAGAUUAAGAAGCCGCCUAAUCUUAGCAGCUUAAAGAAGUACAAACCAAUACUCAAACACGAUAGUGUGAUUGUCGAAUUUUCCCGUCAAUUCUUUAGAGACACCAGCUUUCUUAGAUUUGCCAACGAUCAAAAAUUUGUUAAAAUGUUUCUGGAUUGGGCAGAAAAAGAAAGCAUUGCAAAAUACUGCAGAUCAUCAAAUUAUCUGAGAAAAGAGACUGAGGAAGAAGUUUGCUGUUGGUUAUUGCCAAAUCAAACAGAACAGCUGAUAGAAAGACUUGGAGAAGACAUGUUCACACAUGUAACGAUGAUGGACCAAUCAAUACAUGAAUUAGUGUAUACCAAGCUUGGCAUACCAGUACAGAUUAUAAUGAGAGGAGAUGAGUCUGUGAGGAAUUUCUUGGGCAAUCUGAAGAAAGGGGAGACGACCAUGUACCACGCCUCUGGGAUGAUCAUUGGGUGUGCAGGUAGUGGGAAGUCAACUCUACUAGAAAGAUUGAAAGGCAUCGACCUGAAAGAAAUUCUGAAGAAUUCAACAUCGACCAGGGGCAUUGACGUACAGUCUGACGUUUUUGAUGUGACAGACACCACAGUCCGAGUAAACACGUCAAACGAAAAACAACGCUUUAAAGUUAAAAUUGAUGAAUCAAGCGAACAAAAGACUUUUUCAAAUCAGCAUGCAAAAUUAUCUGGUGACUUGUUAAGGUUAGACAUCAAAGAGACAGUGGAUCAGAUGGAUGUAGCCAGUAUAGCAAACGAACAAGAAUCGGUCAGUGAUGAAGAAAUUACACAUAAGAGCUUGGAUUCAGAUUCUGAAUCACUUAAAGGGAAUGAAGCUGCUGCCUUUGUGGAAAAAGAGAAGGAAAUGGUUGAAGACAGCAGACAAGAGAAAUCAGAAAUAUCAGGAAUUUUACGAGUGUCCAAGAAUGUUUUGGAUGAUCCAGAGAAAAAAAUUACCAUGGUGGACUUUGCGGGACAGUGUUCAUAUUAUGCAUCACACCAAAUAUUUCUGAGUCCACGGGCAUUCUUCAUUCUGGUGCUGAAUAUGGAAAAGAAAUUUGAUGAGAAGGUUGGAAAAGAAGUCUGUAGCCAGGAAGGUUCCGUUUACGAAGGCUGGACACACAAAGACUAUUUAACGUUCUGGGCCAAGUCCAUUCAUCAAUACAGCAGUGAAAAGGCUCCUGUUAUACUGGUGGGCACUCAUGCUGAACAGAAGACAAAGGAGGAAAAAGAAAAGUUCUUCCGUGAGAUAUGGACUACUUUGGAAACAACGGAUGAGUCUCUGCAAAAGCAUAUCGACAGGAAAAGGAUGUUUGCUGUUGGAUUCCAUGAGAAUGAAUGCAUAGAAAAAAUCAAGAUGUCAGUUGUUGAUGUAGUCCAACAACUUGAUCACUGGGGUGAAAAACUUCCGCACUCCUGGGCUAUGUUUGAAAACUACUUCAAAGAAAAGAAAUUAAAUCUUAAAAUCAUCAGCAAAGAGACACUUUUGGCUUUCAAUAAAGCAUUACCACAGGAAUUGAAGUUGAAAACAGUUGAAGACAUUAACACCAUGCUGCAGUUUUUCCAUGACAUCAGAGAAAUUUUAUACUUUGACCAAGAAUCUCUCAGAGGAAUUAUAAUUCUUGAUGUUCAAUGGUUUGCAGAUGCGUUUAAAAAUGUGAUCACAGAUAAAAACCACGCAGCAGAGGAUUUAUUUAAGCUUGCAUCAGAAUGGAACAAAUUUAAUGAAACGGGAGACCUAAGUGACACACUGCUUUCUGCAAUUUGGAAAAUGAAUAACUGUGGAUAUCUGGAACACAAAGAAGAUAUUAUGCGCUACAUGGAGAAGCUAGGACUCCUGGUUAAAACGAAUGACAACAAAUGGUAUGUUCCCUGUAUGAACAAGAGACCAUUCCCUUCAGAAAGCUUCUCAUCAUUCCCUGCCUCCUCCAUCCUCUGCUACACGUUUGAUGUUCUUCCUGCUGGUAUUUUUCAGCGUCUUGUAGCAAGUUGCAUGCGCUUUCCAUGGCAUAUUGUCAAAGAAAAUAAAAUCGGAAAAGAACAACCAUGCAUUUACCAGACAGCGGCCGUGUUUCUAUUCGAGAAACAAUGCGCUCUGCUUGGAAUGACCCAAUCAGACAUUCAGUUGCAGGUGUACGUUAUUGAGGGAGAAGUUGAUAUACCUACUUGUUUGAAUAUAAGGAAGAAGAUUGAAGAUGAAUUGCACACUCUGUCUAGUACAUUUCAAAGAAAUUUGAAAUUCCAAAUUGGCUUUAAAUGCAAACCAUUCGGUUUUUGUGACAAUGAAAAAAGUCAUGUGAUUAAGGAGUCAGGGCUAACGGAACCGACUCUUUUGUGCCCUUUCUGUCCGGUGGAGAGGAAGCACAUUAUUGACACGACAGAAAUCAUCAAAUACUGGAAACAGAUGAAGGCAAGUGCUCCCAAAAUUCCAAUAGCCUCUGGGCAAGACCUUGGGGAUCGAUCCAGAUUUGCAAAACUAGGAAUGGCAACAAAUGAUGUGUUAAAUCAGGCAUACAGAGAUAUACUGGAAAUGGAGGUGCCACCUUCCGACAUUGAGAAAAAAGUUAAAACAUCACCUGUUUACAAAAGAUUGCGCACAGAGCAAGAGCUCAUUUUGCAAGAUGCUAAACAUUCGGGAUAUAAAAAUUUUGAUAUCUCAUUAACAUACACAUUAAUCAGAAACAUUUGUAAAAAGAUUCCUUUACCAACCAAAGGAAAAUGGUGAGACGAGCCUGCAGCAGGAGAAGUGACCGUGGGUGAUGAUGUCGAGAGAAUUAGGUCAAUCCGAAACGGUUUGACUGCUCAUGUUAGCUCAGCCUCCACCCUUGAGAAAGAAUUCGAUGAUACCUGGUCAAUGAUGUCAGAUAUCUGCCAAAGACUGGAAACCUUCACGGGAAAGAAGUACUUGGACAGCCUUAAAAAAAUUCAUAAUUUGACAUUGAAAGAAGAAGAUACUAUUUAUAUGGAGAUAUUGCGUUCUCUCGUUUCAGAUGUACAAAAAAUUAAAAGAACAUUGAAAAUUAAAAGUUAGAUGGAAUCAAAUUAGAAAGGUUCUUGCAUGUAGGGUGAACUAUUAUAAAUAUCACAUUGUAGACGACGUACUUGAUUAACCUUGAUGAUAUUUAAAAAAUUGCCUUAGGAUACUAUAAUAGAAACUCAAAGGAUAAAAAUGGGAAGUCGGCAUAAAAUGAUAAAAACAAAACUGUCUGGGGUGCAAGAAAUAAAAACAGCAGAAAUGGGGACUAAAAGCAAGAACGUGUGAUUUGAAUGUUUAAAUGAAGAAGGGUGUAGCUGAAGUUAAUAAUAUUAAAAGCAUAUCAUUUCGAAAAUUAUUUAGAUUGAGGAUCGUUUUAUUAUAGCCAAACCAUACACUGUUCUACCGAGUUAUUUUAAAAAGCUAUUGGAAUAGUAUUCUACAGUCAUCUUUCUCUUCCUCUGUGUGGGACUGCUUUUAAGUUAAUGGAUAAUUGAGUGAUGCUUUUUGGCUAGAAUAUGGACAACAAAUAAUAUUGAGUGUAUAUAUCAAGUCCUAUGAAGGUAGUCUUUUAACCUUGACUUAAGUGGAUGCAGUGAAAAAUUAUCUCCUGUAAAUAUUUUUAUCAUUAGCUGCUUCUUUUGUCCUCUGCUACAUAUCUUAAGUUCUUUUUAUGAUCCCUGUUGUCAUUUUUACCUCUGGUUAUAAAAUUACAGGCAUUCGUAACUAAUAGAGGAUAUCAUAAGAAAUGUUAUCAUUUUUUUUCGAAUAUUAGGUAUUUUUCUUACAAGUUGAUAUGUUUGUAUCAAAUUUAAAGAGUUUUUAGAGAGAAAAAAAUGUCUUCAUUUCUAAAAGAAACAUACCUUCAAUUUAUUUUCUUCCAUAAUGGAGUUUUUGUGAAUGAUACAUUUGUUUUAAAUUUAAAAAGGAUACAAAAAAGUUCUUUAACAAAUUAUUUAUUUAUGCAAAGUUUUUCGUUGAUUUUUAUUACAAUUAAAGAUAAUAUGGAAUAAGAUUCAUAAAAGGAGGAAAUGAUUACAAAAAAUGCACAUUUCUUAAUUGUUAACAUUUAUCUUUAUUCUUGGUUUAAUUAAUCAUUUUCUAUAUUUAAAAAAAUACAAAUAAAAAAAGAGAACGAUUUUCAAUGAAACCUCUUCAUUUUAGCAAUUUACAUGUAUAUGUGGUUUCCAGAAACUUACAUGUACAUUAAAUUUUCUACUUCUAUAUGAAUGAUCUACUUCUAAUUGUGCACAUGAUUGAAAUCCCAAUAUUGUGAAGAUAGAACUCUUUAUUUAAAAAAGGCAAAAAAUUAAGUCUUGGAUCACUAAAAAGAUUUAGGCAAAAUAUUUCAGGAGAAGCUUGAUGAGAUGAUAAAAGGUAUGCUUAAGAUUUGUGACAUUUUGUUUAUUGUUUUCCCUUACUAAAGAUUUGUACAUUAAUAUAGAAAUGGACAAUUUUGCUUUUAUGUAAAAGAUUUAGAUAUGUAAAAAAUAAUGUCUUUCAUGUAUGUGAUUUUUUUUCUAUUUUUAUUUAUUUGUACAUAAACUAAUCAUCAUUUUAUUGUAGAAAUUGGUGUAAUUGAUUUAAAGUAAUUUUUUUUAUAGAUGUGUAAAGACUAUUUUUGUAUUCAUAUUCAUAUAUACAUUUCAUUGUAUAUGUAGUUCUGAGUUCUGAUUCACAAGAUUCAGUCAAAUUAAUAAUAGAUAUUAAAAGUUGAGCAAAAAUUUUACAAACAAAUUUCGUGGUACCAGCUCCUAUUUCUGAGGCCUGCGUUUUGGUACAAACCUUCCAAAAAUACUUGCUUGUUCUAGAGUACAAAGUUUAUUCAAUGGCGAAAAAAAUGAAUCAGUUUUGCAUCGUGCGUUGUGCAUUAACAUUUAAACAUUUUUAGCUCUUUUACUUAAACCACUCCAUCAAUUUCAAUCAAUUUUAGGAUAUUGAAAAUUUGGAUAAAUUUGUGGUUUUCAUGCCCCCCCCCCCUACCAUGGAGCCUGAGGGGUAGGACAAAAAAAGCUAAAAUUGAUGCAAUCUUUUCAAAUUAUCUUAUUUACUUCUAGGCACAUAGCAGUCAAAGAAUUGUAAUCAGGUGAAUUUUCAUGUAUUUGUUAAAAUAUUUUAUGCAGAAUGGUCUAUUCACGUGGUUAGAGUUCAAUGUUAAGUCUUUAUUUUGAGUUUUACCAAUAGUGAACAGGCUUUAUGUACACAGCUGUUAUCUUUAUCAUCACGGAAAGUUUGAUAAGCAUCUAGAUUUGAAUUUCUAAAGAAUGCAUACAAAUUCAUUUGUUUCCGGAAAAAGUUGAGUUGCACGGAUUAAAAUAAUGUUUUAGAGUUAUGUAAUCUGUUUUCGGUUUGAUGCAAAACGUAAACAAAUACAGUUGUAAAUGUGUUUAGGCUGUUUUUGACAUAAAGGUAUGGUAUUUUUUAAAUUUUUAUCGCUAAAUUAUCAAACAAAACUUCUAACCAUAUGUUUUAUUGUUGUCAGUGAUAUUUUGUUUUCAUAGUAAAUUAAUAAUUGUAAACCCCCUAGACUAAAUGAGUGUUUGUAUGUAUAGUAAUACAUAAGUUGUGUUUGACUUUUAUUACUUCUGAAACCAACCCUGUCAACGCGGAUGCGAUCGGCAACGCAGAUCAAAACAUUGAAGAAGAAAGUAUUGUAGGGGGUAAAUUUAAAUAGUUUUGUAUGUGCUGGAGUAACCAGCUGAAAAUAAAAUUAGAAUCAUUUAGUUUAGAUAAUUAUCUACAGUUUAGGGUUUACCGAGAGUAAAUUUGCUUCAAAGUUUCUGU